AUGUCAUUAAAACGUAUCAAUAAAGAAUUAUCAGAUUUGGGAAGAGAUCCCCCUUCAUCAUGUUCAGCUGGUCCCGUAGGUGAUGAUUUGUAUCAUUGGCAAGCGUCAAUAAUGGGUCCCCCAGACUCGCCAUAUGCUGGUGGUGUAUUCUUUUUAAGUAUUCAUUUCCCUACAGAUUACCCAUUUAAACCACCAAAAAUUGCGUUUACAACCAAAAUAUAUCACCCAAAUAUUAAUAGCAACGGUAAUAUCUGUUUGGAUAUUUUAAAAGACCAAUGGUCACCUGCUUUAACUAUAUCCAAAGUGUUAUUAUCCAUUUGCUCCUUGUUAACUGAUGCUAAUCCCGAUGAUCCAUUAGUACCGGAAAUUGCCCACAUUUAUAAACAAGAUAGAAAAAAAUAUGAAGCUACUGCUAAAGAAUGGACAAAGAAGUAUGCUGUUUAG